GAAAAAUGAAAACAGAUGAGAAUCAGUCGCUGUUACCAGAGGGUCAACUUAAAUUAUGGCGGAAACUUUGCUUUGCGGUUGGAGGGUUACCAUUCCAGAUGACCAGCAAUAUCAUUGGAUUCUUUAUUUCUAUAUUCUUACUGGAGGUUGCGCAGGUUGACCCAUAUUCUAUCUCAAUUAUUGUACUCCUUGGUAAAGUAUGGGAUGCCUUUACAGACCCUCUCUGUGGUUUCUUAGUCAGUAGAACCAAUACAAGAUUUGGUCGCUACAGACCUUGGAUUUUAUUUUCUGCCCCAUUUGCAUGUGUUUCAUACCUGAUGUUAUGGUAUGUACCAGGGGUUAACAACUCAGGGAAGGUUGGAUGGUACUUGGUCUUCUACUGCCUUUUUAAUGGCUUUCUAUCAUGCCUUCAUGUUCCGUAUACAUCACUAACCAUGUGUCUCAGUGAUAAUAAGAAAGACAGGGACUCGGCCACUGCAUUGAGAAUGGGAGCUGAAAUAGGUGGUAUUGUGCUGGGGACUGCUAUACAGGGUGCACUGGUGAACAGAUACAGAGUGGCCUCAGAAUGUAGCUCUAAUGGUGGGACACCCACUGUUUCACCAGAACAACAACUGCUUCAGGAGAAGUCCUACAUACUGGCAGCCAUUAUAACAUGCUGUUUCUAUCUCAUCUGCUGUUGUCUUGUCUUCUUUGGAGUCAAAGAACAUAAAAGUAUAUCUGUAGAUGAAAAAGAGGAAGGUUUUCUCUCAGGGUUAAAGUUGGUGUUCACCCAUGGUCCAUAUGUUAAACUAACCGUGGCAUUCUUAUUUGUAUCUCUAGCAGUACAGGUGGUACAGGGCAACCUGGCUUUAUACUGCACACAUGCACUUAACCUUGGGAGUCACUUUGCAUUAGGAAUUCUUGUCUUAUUGCUUGUAGCUAUAGCAUGUAUGCCACUAUGGCAGAUCUGUAUCAGAAAGAUAGGCAAGAAAGCCACAUUUGCCUAUGGCAUGAUAAUCUUCAUUCCGCUGUUGUUUGUACAGCUAUUUGUUCCAGCAGGAAAUGUUGCAGUUUUUUAUGCAACCGUGGCAAUAGCUGGUACUGCCCUCUCUGUAGCAUUUUUAUUGCCAUGGUCAAUGCUGCCUGAUGUUCUCGAUGACUUUAUGUUGAAGACAAACACCAGGAAAGAUGCCCUUUUCUACUCUUUCUAUGUCUUCUUCAACAAGUUAGCUGUAGGGGUCUCACUGGGACUGUCACAACUAGCACUGGGUAUUGGUGGCUAUGUGACUGGGGCAUGUACACAACCAAAAUCGGUUGGCCUCACUCUGAGAUUAUUAGUCGCACCUCUACCAAUCGUCUUUAUCCUGAUUGGUCUUCUGGUUCUCUGGUCCUAUCCAAUUACAGAGGAGAGGAGACUCAGAACGCAACAAGAAUUAUAUGAAAGAUAUUGUGAAACUCAAAGUAGAAAAGUGGAGGUGGAGGAAUGCGCACAAUACAAUGCAGUCUCAGAAGAAGUCAAGAUAUAACAAUAGUUAUGCCCAGGGGUGUAGGCUGUGUGCUACACAUUUCAUAUUUAAAGGUCAAAAGUGCCCAUAAUUUAAUACCCAUAAGUGCCCAAAUCUUCCCUCAAAGAUCUGGUUGAGCAUAGGACUGUAAUACAUGGGUAUGGGCACAGAUCUUAUACCAUGGAUAAAGUGCACUGUAUUUUGCAUGUUGAAAUUAUCAACCGGUCCAUUAACUUUUUAAUAGACUAGCACGCCCUGUAUAGUAGUACAGUCCCCUCUCACAGAUAUUAUAGCACCUCAAUGAGUUACCGUCCAGAAUAUUCUUGAUAUUAACACAAUGAUUUUUGUCUGAUCUUAAACAUAUUUAUUCUUAUGCCAGGUACGUCUAUAACACCCCGACAUUUGAUCUUUGAAUCCUACCUUGACUCGGACUUCAGCAAACAUGAGGUUUGGGCAAAAUA